GUGUGUUUCAUUGUCGUCACAAAGAGUUGGAGCAAUGUUUAAUAAAACGAUGUUUUUACUCGCUAAAUCUCAUGCCGUUCAAGACGUGUAAAGUGAGUAUUAAAAGCUAUAUAUGUAGACGCGCACAUGAUAGACGUUUUUUUCUGCAUCAUUAAUAUCGUUUCAACAUAUUAAAUAGCAACUUUCGCAAAUCGCAAAGUUUGUACAUAUAUAUAUAUAUAUAUAUUAGCGUUUCUCGGAUGACGACGAGCGAGCGAGGAUCAAGAAUUAUGAUACGAAUAAUUGUUGAAAAGAAACAAAGUGUAGCGGAGAUGCCUCGCGUCCGACAAUUGUUUUGCACGUAAAAAUGUCGUAACCGCAAAAUUUGACGUUCAUUCUUAAUAAUACUCUAAUCAUCAUGUGCGAUCCUCUUUCCAGUGAUUUCUGAUUGGUCAACGAUAUGAAACCGCUCCCCUAUUGGUUGACCAAACUUUAAUCGUAAAAUUCCAACAACGUGACUUUUGUUGGAUUGUCAGAAACUUAGGAAGUUACAACACUUUUUCACGUGCAACGGUCUUAAGCGAACACUAUUUCAAAGCGAAAUAUUAUUCGCGAGCAGCACUCGCGAGGCGCGCGCGUUCCCGCGCAUUUUAAAUCGAGUCAAUCGGUCGAAAUCCCUCCCAACAAUUGUCGACACCACAUUCUCUUUGCUCCGCGCAAGAAGCGCAUUCGAUGCAUCCAUCAUGCAAUUUGCAAAGAACGUGGAUGGAUCGGGGCUUCUCUCCGGUAUGAAAUAUUCAAGCUAACAUCACGGCGGAUGAAGAGAGAGGCGAAUUAUUAACGGGGCGAUAACGAUCGAUGUGCGGCACGUUGAAUCAACGAAAUAACGAUUUUCAGUCAUCGCCGCGCGUUAAACGUGCGCAUGAGUUCGUUCGAACGGCUUUUUUUGCUAAACUCUCUCGAUCACGAUUUCCGGGCGUAACUCGAUGGGAGAAAAACAACGAGGUCGUAGAUCGAUGGGAAUCGUGUCAGUAAUGCGGGCUAGAGAUCGGCUGGGGAAGAUUUGGCGACCUUGCGCGUGUUUUGACCGUUGGUUUCUAUGGUAGCGAGUGACCUGGUCAGCACGUGGUCAGUAGGCGAAAAUUUGGGUCAUCGAGUGGGGGGCGGGUGAAAAAUGUCCCAUGCCGCGAAUCGAAGAUGACAAUGCGGUGCACAAUCUCAUGUUCGGCGCGAUGCUUCAACGCGUAGCCGGGGAUGGACACUAAGGCUCCACCGAUCCCGUUGAAGGAGAAGCCUCAGCCGAAGAGAACGGAACGCAACGAUGUGUCCUUGCCGCCUCUGAGCGGUACGUCGCCAGGUUGCCGCAGGCCUUACAGAGUGUUGCACCUCGGCGCUACGCCUCUGAUGCACGCCUGCCAGCAGGGCAACAGAGCGAGGGUUUUGCGACUGUUGAAGGAACAAGAGGCGACGGUCGAUUAUAGGGAUCGCACCUUGAGAAACGCUCUCCAUUAUUGCAUGGACGCGGCAACCGGCGGGGCCGUUGCCGCCGCGGCACCGGAACUGGUAAACGCCCCCGACGCUGAGGGUCACACGCCGCUUCAUCUGGCGGUCAUCGCCGGCGACACCCAACUGGUCGCGGUCCUGCUGGCGAACGGUGCCGACGUGAACGCGAAGGAUCUCGAGGGGCACAGUGUCCUUCAUUGGGCCACCGUUUGCGGAGAGGCGGAAUGCGUUCGAUUGGUACUAGCGGCCGGCGCGCGACCUUCCACCGGUGAUUUACGCGGCGGAUCUCCGCUGCAUUACGCCGCGCAAUGCUGCGGCGCGGCCGCCACGGCGGAGCUCGCGGUCCCGAAGAAGGUCGGGCUGAGGGUGCUGCAGACGCUCGUGGAAUUCGGCGCGAACGUGAACGCGAAGGACGAGGAUGGCCGACAACCGAUCCUGUGGGCGGCGAGCGCCGGUAGCGUGGAGGCUGUACUGGCCCUGGCGAGGGCUGGAGGAGCGGCGGCAGCGGGCACCUCGGACAAGGACGGCUUGACGGCGCUUCAUUGCGCCGCAUCGAGAGGUCACGCGAGAUGCGUGGAGGCGCUGGUGAAUCUCUGCGGGUCUCAGCCCGACCAUGUGGACGACAACGGCUGCUCCGCGUUGCACUACGCUGCGACGUUGGGCCACGCCGACGCGACCGCCCUCAUUCUCAAGCUCGGGGCGGAUCCCAAUCGGCAGGAUCGAAAGGGUAGAACGCCGGCGCUCUGCGCCGCGGCGAAAGGUCAAUUGGAGACCUUGAAGAUUCUCACUCAGCACGGCGGCUCGCUUCACGCGAGGACCGUGCGGGGUACAGGGAUCGGACACGAGGCCGUGGCAUCCGGCAGGAUCGAGUUGAUCAAGUGGCUGGCGAAGAAGAGACCGAGCACGCUGGAUGUCGGUACGCAGGACGGCAAGACCCCCCUUCACGUCGCGGCCUUGCAUGGCCAUUCGGACGCGUGCAAGCUCCUCCUGGACCAUGGCGCGAGGAUCAACGCCGUGCUGCGCACCAGCAAGGGCAGCUCGAUGACCCCGUUGGACGCGGCUCUCUACAGGGGCCACAGGGACUGCGCGAAACUGAUUCAGAUGCACGGCGGCACCACGGCGCAGCAUCUCGGAGCGUGCGAGAACAAAGGUCGGUAUCCGCGUGUCCGCUCUCUCUCACCAAUCUUAGCGUUUACAGCGAAAUACCGAACGAAGCAUACGGUUGAGAGUAGUACGGCGAGCGACAGUAGUAGCCACCCCGAGCUCUACUACGAGGAACGCUGGAUAGAACGGAGGACGCGGCGGAAUCUGAGGAAGCUCGCUCGUCGGGACAGCCGAAGUUUCAGCGAGGAGGAGAUACGGCUGCCGAAGACGCGAAAGGACCAGAGGAGAGCUCGCAGCGAAUCCGCCCGAUACGACAGUAGCAAUCGACGAAGAAAGCGAGCAAGAUCGACGAGACGCAAGCGCGAAUACUCGUCCGUCGAAUCGAACCGACGUGGCACGCGACGACGACACGCGAGAAAGCGACCGAACGGGGCUGACUGCAGCAGUGUGAGCGACGACAGCUUGGAAGUGAUCGUGGUGAAGAAAUCGCUGGAAAAGAAAUGCGAGAAAGUCAUAAGAUCCAAGACUCCGAGGGAGAGCAAACGCAGUUCUAAGUUGAAAACGUCCAAUGAGGAAAACACGAUGGACCGAGGCGAGCCGCCGGAAGAAAAGCGAGAGUCGACGGAGAAGCCGCCCGCGGAAUCACGGAUCACAGAGUCCCGAUACGACGCGACUGACAGCACCAGUCAGGAGAUUGUGGAACGAGUGGUCGUGACGGCGAUGGUUCACAAAGACCAGAUACCCGAUACUCCCACCUCUCUUCCAUCAAGGAAGGAAGACGUUCCGGAAAAUACCAAACGGCUCGAGGAAGCAAACGAUGAAGGCCAAUCGCGGGAGAAAACAACCGAGGAUUUGAGCAUCAAUGUUUCCGGAGAUUUCGUCGCGGAAAAGAGAGACGAGAAAGAGAUCUCGGAAGAGGAUUCUCUUCAUUCCGCCUCCAUCCUUGAAGAAACGCUCGAAGACAACGGAAAAUUCCCUGCCGUUCAACUAGAGGCGAAUCAAUCUGACGCGCGCGACAAAAGUCCUGACGAGCUAAUCGCCAAACAGACGUCCGAAUCUUUCGAUCCGGCUGAAAACGUCGGUUUGAAAGAAGACGAAGAGGAUAAAGAGGAGAGAAUGGACGUGUUGACCAAACGACCGUCGAACUCGGAAGAGACGCCUUCCUCGGAAAGAUCGUCUCGCGACAUGAAACCGAACGACGAACAAGCGAAAAUUGAGACAGGAGACAGAGAUUUCCGCUACUUCGACGACAGUUGCUCUCCGAAAGCUUCCAAGACUCGACGUUCCAGGCCGUCCACCGGGAGAAGAACGGGAAGAUGUGCCUCGAAGAAGAAGGAAAGGGAGAAUUCCCUGGAUCGGAGCGCGAUAAUCGCCGUGAUAGACAGUCCGGCGUGGAACGAAAUUAGAAAGACUCUCGAAGACAAUGAGGUCGUCGAUGUCUUGCCAAGCGAGGAGGAGCACGGCUUGGCCGCAUCUAAAACUUCGUUGCCUCGGGUACCAUCGGCCAGUCGCUUGGUUAAAAUCGAGAACUCGGAAGAGGGUGAUCGACCGUGGAGGAAGCAACGUCGCGACAGCGGGGGCAGGGACAGCGGGAUAGAGCCGAGUCCCAGAGUCUCGAGGAUUCCACGGAGGAGAAAAUGUUGCCCAAACACCGCGAAACAACAAGCCCUUAAUAUGGAGACUGUCACCAGGGAUGUGCAAAUUAGCUUGCGUCGUUAUCAUCUCGAGAGGAAGAUCUUCUUCCAACUGAUGGAACUCAAGAGGCUGCAGAUCCGUCACGGUAGAGCGAACGAACAUGUCUUGGUAAAGAGGCAGGUGGAUGCCUUUCACAAGUCCGGCAUGACUGGACCCACCCUUGGCGUCGUCAAGUACGAUCGACCGUUAACAUUCAGGCAAUUCGAAGCGUUCCUGUACGAGCAAUUGAGGAGACUGCAAGGAAAGCCUACCACUCCGGAUUUUUGUACCGAAGCUAAACAAUGCACGCAGAAGACUCAUCGUUGCCAUCACGCGACAAGCGCUUACACUUCCGUUCCAGUCUACACAUAUCUGGCUGGAGACGUCCCAGAUCAUCUUCCGAAAAUCGAGAGUCGCGGCAGAGGACAAAUGACGGUGGAAGUGACGCACGGAGAGGAGAAACAAGUGAUUGCACUUCCAACUGAGAGAUUGGAUCGCACCAAAAGGUACCUGGUAACAUUUACCGUGAAAGGCGAGACUCGAAACAUCGGGAAACGAAGAAACGCAAAGAGCGUGUAAACGCGAUCGAUGUGUUAGUCACUUGAAAGGAGUACGGCUGAAAUUUCAUCACGUCCCCCUCUAGUAGGAGAUUUCAAUUUUCUUCACGAAUAUCCCAUCUGUUGUGCCGGAGAGAGAAUUUUUCGCGCAAAAUUAUUAUUCCAAGGGACGUGACAAGAUAAUGACACCUUGCAAAUACACUCUAAAUCGUUUGUAACGAUGGUGGUUGAACAUGUGUGAAAUCCUACGAAUGUUGAGAGACGGUAAAAUGCGUAAAGUCGAACAACGAUACGUACGUGUCUCAUCUGUGUAAGCAAGGCGAUAUUACUCCUGCGUGAGAAAUAAA